CCAAUCAUGUCUGAGGGGUAAAAAAAAUCAAAGAUUUCUGCAUCUGGCAGACUGGCCCUGAAGACCAAGCUGCUGAAAAUGGCAGCUGUGAUGUUGGAGAAGGAGACGGAGGAAAAGAAGCUGGAGAGAGAAACCACUUUGAGUGAGAGAGUUCCUCCACUUCAGCUGUCUGGUUUGUCCCUGGAGGACCUUCAGGCUUUCUGCAAAGAUCUGUACCAUAAGGUUGACGUGGUAGGAAGAUACGACAUUGAUGCCAAAGUGGCCAAAAAUAACAAGGAGGUUGAAAAUCUGUCACAGAAGAUCGUUGAGCUGAAGGGUAAAAUGAAGCGACCUGCUCUGAAGAGGGUGAAGAUCUCAGCUGACGCCAUGUUGGGAGCUCUGCUGGGCGCUAAGGUCAAAGAGUCUGUGGACUUCAAGGCCAACCUGAAGACGGUGAAGAAAGAGGAGGAAAAGAAAGAGGAAGUGACUGACUGGCGUAAGAACGUGGAUGCCAUGUCUGGUAUGGAGGGCAGGAAGAAGCUGUUUGAUGCCAGACAGUAG